AAGACAGUUGACAGUUAACCUUAAAAAUAAGUUUAAAAAUGCAUGUUGAUUUACCAAUGUCCUUUUAAUAAUUACGAUAAAUUUUAAUAAACCAAGGUAAUGCUUCUAAGAACAAAUAAUUGCAUUAGAAGAUUCUUGUCACAAGCUGAACUGAUUACAAAUAAAGGGCAUUUAUCGAAUAUUUUAGUUUCAACAAUGGGAGAUUCUAAAGUGCUUGGUGAAUCGAAACCUUUGAAAAAGAUUAAAUACGACGGACGAUCUAAAAAACGGCAGUGGGAAGAUAGAAGGAGAGAUAAAGGAGAAAGUUUGCGAGAUAAUUCUAAAGAAUCCAAAAUACCAAAAUUAGAAGGAGAAACUGAAAGUUUAGUGGAGAAAGAUAAAGUGAAGCGAAGAAAAUUCUGCCUGCUGCUCGGUUAUUCCGGUAGUGAUUAUUUCGGAAUGCAAAGAAACCCGCAUACAAGAACGAUCGAAGAAGACUUAUUGAAUGCGUUAUUUAAAAUAAAGUUAAUAGACAAAGAAGGUUAUGAUCAGGUGCAAACUAUGCACUUUCAGCGAGCCGCUAGAACAGAUAAAGGCGUAUCUGCGGCUCGACAAGUAGUAUCUUUAAAGUUGAGAGAUAAAAUUGAUUUAGCACAAAUCAAUGCAGAACUUCCAGACGUAAUCAGAGUGUUUGCAUACAAGAGAGUAACUAAAGGAUUCAACAGUAAAUCUCAAUGCGAUAGUAGAACUUACACUUAUCUAAUUCCAACUGUCGCGUUCGCUCCUCACGAUAAGGACGUUUUACAAAAGGAUUUUCGUUUAGACGACGAAACAUUCGCAAAAGUCAACGAUCUGUUGAAACACUAUUUGGGAACGAAAAAUUUCCACAACUACACUUCCAAGAAGAAACACAACGAUCCUAGCGCUAAUAGAUAUAUGAAAUCAUUCGUUUGUGAAAAACCUUUUGUUAAAAAUGACGUGGAAUUUGCUAUUUUGAAAGUGCAAGGACAAAGUUUCAUGUUGCACCAAAUUAGAAAAAUGAUCGGGUGUCUUUUAGCCGUCGUCCGAGGACUUGCGACUGAAGAUCUUAUACAGAAUUCAUUCAAAUCUGAUAAAGUUAUUAUACCAAGAGCUCCCGGAUUAGGUCUCGUUUUAGAAUAUGUCCAUUAUGAUAGAUACAAUUAUAGAUAUGGUACAGAUGGAAUACACGAAAAAUUGACGUGGGAAGAAGUGGAAGAUCGAGUUGAGGAAUUCAAAGAAAAAUACAUUUUUCCAACGAUAAUUAACAAGGAAAUAGAAGAAGAAAGUAUGUUGUGGUGGUUAAAUAAUAAACUGAGCAGACAUUCGUACGAUUUGGAAGAAGAGAAUGAAAGUGAUGAUGAAAGCGAUGGGGAUGAUGAUGAUGAUUGCGAACAUAGUCAAAAAGCUUGUAACAGUAUUGAGAAUAAAAAUAAAGAAAAAAUUGAAAAAUAAAAAA